AUGAUUCCUAUCUCCCACUUGGAAUUUAACGAUAAUUUCCUGGUUUGCGGCCUCAGUGCUCCUCGAAUGAUCGCCCACGCUGAAUGGGGGACAUGUGAUUUAUGUGGUGGCCGUCGGAAGUUUUGCGCUGGGCGCCCGGAUGGGAAAGCUGCUAUGGAAAAAAUUACCCGUCUACGUCCCUCGAGGGUCAGCUGUGGUAUACAAAUGUUUUGCCCGUUAUGUAUUGGGGUAAAGUACGCAGAGUAUAGUGUCUGUGUAAUAGCUGGCUGGUUGGAUGGCAAGAUGUCACAUGAAAAGUACCAAGAAUGGUCCGGCAAGCGUUUGAAGAGCCUUGGUUACAUGAAAUGA